AUGAGGCCAAACCCAGGGCAGCUCGUCGACUUUUUCGCACGGUCGCUCACGGCGUUCCAAUCGUCGCGGGAUCCGCUGCGAGUGCUGUGCACCCUGCCACACAGCUCCGCGUCCGCCACGAGCACCGGGGCCGCGAGCAGUUCCAGCGCUGUCGAUGCAGAGCCAGCGCCGCGGCGGCCGAGCGGCCCGGUUCGCAGGCUGAUCGUGCUGGACUCGAGCUUCAACCCGCCCACGAGGGCUCACGCGCAAAUGGUGCGGUCAGCAGUGCGGGACGCCAAGAGCAAGGACCCGCGGGCGAGUGGCGCGACGCGGGUGAUGCUCCUGCUGGCAGUGAACAACGCGGACAAGGCGCCCAAGCCGGCGUCGUUUCCGGUGCGGCUGUGUAUGAUGGAGGGGUUUGCGCGGGAGCUGCUGGGCGACGAGGCCGGGCGAGAGGCAUCAACGGUGCUGGGCGCCCGAGGGGCGCAUGCCAGCGAGGACGGAGCCGGACUCAAAGUGGACCUGGCGGUGACGACGAUGCCGUAUUUUCACGACAAGGCGCGGGCCAUCCACGCCAGUGGGUUCUACGGAGGGGCGCACGACGCUCCUGAGCAAGUCUUCCUGGCGGGCUAUGACACGCUGAUACGGAUAUUCAACCCCAAGUACUACGGGGGUGGCGAGGCUGCUGGGGCAGCGGCGUCGGACAGGCACGCCAAGGAAGAGACGGCGAUGCAGGCAGCGCUGGACCCCUUCUUCGCCACGGCCCGGCUGCGAGUUUCGACGCGGCCGGACGACGAGUGGGGAGGGCUGGAGGAGCAGCGCGAGUACGUGCGCGGGCUGGAGAAUGGGAGGUUGGAUGCCGUGGGUGGGAGGGGCGAGUGGGCGCGGAGGGUGGACGUGGUCUCGAUGGACAGGGGAGACGGGAUGGAGGGCGUGAGCAGCUCGAGGGCGAGGGAGGCGGUCAAGGAGCGCAACGACCAGGAGCUGGAGAGGAUGGUGGAUGGGGAGGUGCGAGCGUGGAUAGAGAAGGAGAAGCUGUACCUGGAGUGA